CUCGAACUACCGAAACCCAGAAAGACCAAAACAGAUUUCGCACAUAAUCAUGGCAGACGCACCUACAGCAGCCAAUAACAAGGCUGUUACAAGUGUCUACAAUGAGGUUAAGGAAUACUAUGGAAAGACACUUAAGAAGACAUCUGACCUGAAAAGCAAUGCAUGUGUACCGUCUGCCAAGUCUGUCCCUGCAUAUGUGAGAAAAGCGAUAGCUGGGAUCCAUCCAGAUGUCGUUGCAAAGUACUAUGGCUGUGGUCUGGUGGUCCCCGAGUGUCUGGAGGGCUCCAGGGUGCUUGAUCUCGGCUGUGGGAGUGGACGGGAUUGCUACAUGCUCAGCCAGCUCGUUGGAAAGAAGGGACAUGUCACAGGCAUCGACAUGACUGAAGAUCAGCUUGAGGUGGCCCAGAAAUAUGUUGACUACCACAUGCAAAGAUUUGGUUACAAAAAGCCAAAUGUGAAUUUUGUUUGUGGUUACAUUGAGGCUUUGGCUGAAGCAGGUCUAGAGGAGAAAUCAUAUGAUAUCAUCAUAUCAAACUGUGUGGUGAACCUGUCCCCAGAUAAAACCAGUGUCCUGAGGGAGGCUUACCGUGUACUAAAGGAUGGAGGAGAAUUGUACUUUAGUGAUGUUUAUAGUGAUGCUAGAAUACCAGAAGACCUCAAGGACAACAGCGUGUUAUGGGGUGAGUGCCUGAGUGGAGCAUUGUGGUGGGAAGACCUGAUACGACUGGCUGAAGAGGUUGGAUUUUGCAAACCCAGACUGGUUACUGCUAGUAUCAUCACUGUGGGCAACAAGGAACUAGAGAAACUUCUUGGUGACUACAAAUUUGUGUCUGCCACAUACCGGCUCUUCAAGUUACCAAAAGGUUCAGAGAAGAGGUCCUGUCUGGUCAUGUACAACGGAGAGAUUACAGGUGUGGAGGAAAGCUUCGAGUUUGAUGCCCAAUUUACCUUUAAGGUUGAUAAAGUGAUGGAGGUGGAUGCUGAGGUGGCCAGCCUCUUGAGGAACUCCAGAUUUGCUGAAGAAUUCACAUUUCAGCCUCAGGAGGUGAACACCUCUGGAGGAUGCUGGGCCAAACCCAAGGCAGUGUCAAUGAAUCCCUUUGAACUGGUCCAGCAGUUGGGCAGUGCAAGUGUAACUGCUUCCACUGGGGGGUGCUGUGCGGGCCAGGAGUCAUGCUGCAACUGAAUCUAAUGGAAAAUCAGUUUUGCCCGUUUAUAAUUUGAAAAGAACAAAUUAUUGGUUGUAAUUUUUUAACUGUGAUUUUGUACAAAAAAUAAUAACAUUACUCAUUUGUAAAAGGUAACAAAAAACAAGGACACAUCAGUAUUGUGUAAUGUUGUGUAUGCAUUUUUAAACAUAUGGAUUAAUUUAUAGCAAUAUCUAAGUCUAUAUCGUUGCAUAAUCUGAAGCAUUCACCUGCCAGAUUUAAUCUUUAUUAUAUCUUUAUUGUAUUGACAGAUAUAAUCUAACUGAAAACUCAUGGUUUAUUGAACUUUUGUAAUCAAAUCACUUUUUUCUACUGCUGUAAUAAAAAUGUCUGAGCCGACUGCCUGGCUAUUACUAUCA